GCGGAGCUGGGGGCAGGGCGGGAGCCCGCACCGGAGCGGCCCGGGGCAACGGUCGUGGCGCCCAGGGACCGCGCGCGGCGCGCGCUGUUUACCUCGCGGCGCCAGUCAUCGCCGGGCGGCCGGGCUGCGGGGGAAGCGCGUCCCGGGCGGCAGUUUCCGUCGCCGUCGGGCCUGCUCACCGCCGCCCGGGCGGCCGGGCACGACAGUAGUUCCAGAGAACUGCUGGUUUAGACUUUAGCUCUUGACGAGCUGUGAAACAGUGAAGGAUGCUUAGACUACCUAACAUUCAAAUUACCCUCUGGUUAAUCAUCUUUAGAAGACUGGACUUCUGGAUGUCUAAUCUACUCUGUCUCUACUGAAUUAAACCAUGAAAAUGAAACCUAUAACCAUGGCCAUCAUCUAUGAGCCCUGAUCACAUUGACUCAGAGCACUUGAAACUUUCCCAGGGAGUAAGCAAUGUCAUCGGCAGUGGUUGACAGUGGAGGUUCUGUUCUGGAGCUUCCCAGCAAUGGAGUAGAAAAUCAAGAGGGAGGUGACAAGGUCCCUGAAUAUCCAGCAGUGAUUGUGGAGCCAGUCCCCAGUGCACGAUUAGAGCAGGGCUACGCUGCCCAGGUUCUGGUGUAUGACGAGGAGACUUACAUGAUGCAGGAUGUGGCGGAAGAACAAGAAGUUGAGACCGAGAAUUCGGAAACAGUGGAAGCGUCCGUUCAUGGCAGUAAUGCACACUGUACAGACAAGACAAUCGAAGCUGCUGAAGCCCUGCUUCAUAUGGAGUCUCCUACCUGCUUGAGGGAUUCCAGAAGUCCUGAGUUUAUCCACGCGGCGAUGCGGCCAGACGUCAUUACGGAGACUGUAGUGGAGGUGUCAACAGAAGAGUCGGAACCAAUGGAUGCCUCGCCUGUUCCCACUUCACCAGACAGCCACGAACCAAUGAGAAAGAAAAAAGUUGGCCGCAAACCAAAGACCCAGCAGUCACCAGUUUCCAAUGGGUCUCCUGAGUUAGGAAUCAAGAAGAAAGCCAGAGAAGGAAAAGGAAACACAACCUAUCUAUGGGAGUUCCUUUUAGAUCUACUUCAAGAUAAAAAUACUUGUCCCAGGUACAUUAAAUGGACUCAGAGAGAAAAGGGCAUAUUCAAACUUGUGGACUCAAAGGCUGUCUCGAAGCUUUGGGGAAAGCAUAAGAACAAACCAGAUAUGAACUAUGAAACUAUGGGCCGAGCUUUGAGAUACUACUACCAAAGGGGGAUUCUUGCCAAGGUUGAAGGACAGAGGCUUGUCUAUCAGUUCAAGGAUAUGCCCAAAAACAUAGUGGUCAUCGACGACGACAAAAGUGAAGCCUGUGGUGAAGACCUGGCCGCAGCCGCUGACGAAAAGUCCUUAGAACGAGUGUCAUUGUCUGCCGAGAGCCUCCUGAAAGCGGCAACUUCGGUUCGCGCCGGGAAAAACUCAUCUCUGAACUGCUCCAGAGCCGAGAAGGGUGUGGCUAGAGUCGUGAAUCUCACUUCCCCUGCUCACGACGCUUCCUCCAGGUCUCCUCCCACCACAGCGUCUGUGGCGGCAGCAGCUCCCAGGACAGUUCGUGUGGCGAUGCAGGUUCCUGUGGUAAUGACAUCUCUGGGUCAGAAGAUUUCCACUGUGGCAGUUCAGUCAGUCAAUGCAGGCACACCGUUAAUAACCAGCACCAGUCCAACGACAGCCACCUCUCCAAAAGUAGUCAUUCAGACAAUCCCAACUGUGAUGCCAGCCUCUGCUGAGAGCGGAGACAAAAUCACCAUGCAGCCCGCCAAAAUCAUCACCAUCCCCGCUGCUCAGCUCACACAGUGUCAGCUGCAGACCAAGUCGAACCUGACUGGGUCAGGAAGCAUUAACAUUGUUGGAACCCCUGUGGCCGUGAGGGCACUUACCCCCGUCUCAAUAGCCCACGGUACCCCUGUAAUGAGACUGUCGGUGCCUGCCCAACAGGCUUCCGGCCAGACUCCUCCUCGAGUUAUUAGUGCGGUCAUAAAAGGACCAGAGGUUAAAUCGGAAGCAGUGGCCAAAAAGCAGGAGCAUGACGUGAAAACUUUGCAGCUGGUAGAAGAAAAGGGCGCGGAUGGGAAUAAGACAGUGACCCACGUCGUGGUGGUCAGCGCGCCCUCCGCUAUCGCCCUUCCUGUGACUAUGAAAACGGAAGGACUGGUGGCCUGUGACAAGUGAAGUGUUAGUGUCGGGAGGGUCAUCGAGAGAACGGAGGAGAACUGGGAACAGUUGUGCUUAGACAAAGCAAUUGGACUUCCUGGAAUAUUACCUCUCCCAUGUUUCAGUGGGAAGUGAACUACACGUUGAGAUGCUGACAGAAAACUGCCUCUUGAAAUAGGAACAACUGAACCCUCCUUAAGAAAAGACUGAAGGGACCAAGCAGCCCACUACACUAUCAAGUUACACUAAGAGUUGGAACACUAACACCUGUAAGAGGCUACAUAGUUUUCAGUGGGGCGGGGUGGGGAUGGGUGAUCUCAUUGUUACAUAGAGCGAUUUUUGAUGCAUUUUAUAUGCAUACCAGCAAUUCUUACUGUGUUUGCACAGUGCUCACUUAACUGGUGCUAUGUGAAGACUCUGCUAAUGUAGGUAUUCUAGAGUAUGAACUGAGUGGAUCCAGAAGCUCCAGAAGAGGAUAGCAAAAAGAUCUAGUGCGUUUUCUUGUUUCAGUUUUUGUUUUUGAAUAUAUAUAUCAUAUAGCUUAAGCUGUUUUAAAACAAAGGCCUUAGACUAAUUUUCAGUUUUCUUUCUUGAAAUAAGCUAAUGGCUUGUUUGUGUAAAGCUUUUUUAUUAAAGGAAAAAAUUUUAAAAAUCUUGUACCUAGCACAGUAUUGUUAUAGAAUUUACAUGUAACAUUUUAUAUGGUAGUUUAAGUCUGUUGGUUUCUUAAUUGUGAAGAAAUUGACUGUUGGCUCUGGCCCUUUACUGUAACAUACCGCGUCGUUCAGUUCAGCCCUGGCGUCUUGCAGACUCCUCAGUAUCAACCCUAUCAUUCUGAAAUUCAGGCUCCGCAUGAACUCAUCAGGUAGCACUAAUACCUGCUCUGUUUCCUUUCUCAUCCUUUCCCUUCUUUCCUCCUCCUCCUCUUCUUUCUUCUUUUUUUAGUUGAUGUUUAAGAGGGAAAGUACCAGUGUUCAGAUUUGAACUAUAAUAGUUUGUAUAUUCAACAUUUGAAGUAUAUUCUAUUUUGUUGUACUCUUGUUUCAAAGUGUAUUCAAGUAGGUUUUCUGAAAUAUAGAAGUGAAAUUUA